GCUCUAAACAUGACUGUUCAAAAAUCUAAACACAACCCUUGAUAUAUUUGUUUCUUGGAGUGUAGAUGUUGAAUCCACUUGUAUUCUCGUAUCAUCAUUGAUCAUCAUAGCCUUGAAAUAUUUUUAGGGGUAGGCCUUUUAGUUGGGAUUGAGAAUCUAUUUAUAAGGGUUAUUUUUGCGACUUUAGAGACAGCUACACAGUCUAUGAUAAUAAUGAAGUGUUAGGCUUUAAGAGGCCCAUACGAGUUUUAGAAGCAAUAAAUAACGUUUGGCCUCCCUAAGAAGCAAGAUCCGCUGUAGCACACCGGUUUAUUUCGAAACUCGAGCAUCGGACUUCGCUCCUGCUCGCUUUCAUGAAAUCCGGGUUCAAAUCCCGGCAGCGGAAUUUUUGCAUCUAUGUUCUUGAAACAAUUUUUUUUUUAUAUAUAAUUUAGUUGGGCUAUAAAUGGACUUCAGCUGAAUUUUUGUUUCCGCCUAAGGUUUCAAAGAGAGCCCAUGUAAAUGCUUAAAACUAUAUGAUAUAUAUAAAGUGAUCUUGGUGUGUUAUUUCAAACUCGAUUAGUCAAAACAAUAAAGACGAAGUUAAUGAUGGACUUUUUUAAAUAGCGGGGCAGAGAUAAUGACGCGUGACCAGAGUCUCCGAUGAGUUCGAGCUGUUUGGAUUCUCAAUAGAAUCUUGAUUUUGAAGUUUUUUUUCGGAUGAAGGUGGUCGGAGAUUUGAUGGAGAUUCAAAUUAGAUCGGAGAGUUCGCAGACGCAUAAUAAGCCACCGAGUCCAAGAGUUACCAAAAGUCGAUCACAAGUUUGGUUCUUUAGAGUCUGCUCCUGCAUUUUGGUUUGGACUUGCUUGUUUCAGCUCUUUACCGGUUUAACCAAUCAGAUUUCCCGGUUCUCCCUUCCGGUUGAGCCGGUUCGAUUGCUUCCUCCUCGAAGAAAUUAUACAAGCAAUGGGAUUCUACGAGUGUCUUGUAAUGGCGGUUUGAAUCAAAUGCGUGCAGCGAUAUGUGAUAUGGUGACUAUUGCUAGACUGUUGAACUUGACACUACUUGUUCCAGAGCUUGAUAAGAAAUCUUUCUGGGCUGAUCCUAGUGACUUUGAGGAUGUUUUUGAUAUAAACCAUUUCAUUGAUUCAUUAAGAGAUGAAGUUCAGAUCAUAAGGAAGCUUCCUAAACGUUAUAGCAGAUACAAACUGUUCCAAAUGCCUCCAGUGAGCUGGUCAAAUGAGAAGUAUUACUUGCACAAGCUCUUGCCGCGGUUCAGGAAACAUAAAGUCAUACAUUUCAAUAGGAGUGAUACGAGAUUAGCCAACAACGGUCUUUCUCUACAUCUCCAGAGGCUGAGAUGCCGUGUGAACUUCCAAGGACUGAGAUUCUCUCCACGGAUCGAGGCUUUGGGAGCAAAGUUAGUUAGUAUUCUUCAGAAAAGAGGGCCUUUUGUGGCUUUGCAUUUGAGAUAUGAGAUGGACAUGUUAGCUUUCUCUGGCUGCACUCAUGGUUGCACUGAGAAAGAAGCUGAAGAACUCAAAAAGAUGAGGUAUGCAUAUCCAUGGUGGAAAGAGAAAGAGAUAGUCUCUGAGGAGAGAAGGGUGCAAGGACGCUGUCCAUUGACACCAGAAGAGGCUGUUUUGGUCCUAAAAGCCUUAGGGUUUCAGAAGGAUACACAGAUAUACAUUGCAGCUGGUGAUAUCUACGGUGGCGAGAGGAGAUUAGCCCUUUUAAAAGAAUCAUUCCCAAGAAUUGUGAAAAAAGAAAUGCUACUAGAUCCAAAGGAACUGCAACAGUUUCAGAACCACUCAUCACAAAUGGCAGCUCUAGACUUCAUUGUAUCAGUAGCCAGCGACACUUUUAUUCCUACCUACUAUGGAAACAUGGCUAAAGUUGUUGAAGGUCAUCGAAGAUAUCAUGGGUUUAAGAAAACAAUAUUGCUAAACCGAAAGAGACUUGUGGAGCUAUUGGACUUGCAUAAGAACAAGACACUCUCAUGGGAUCAGUUUGCAGUAUAUGUGAAGGAAGCUCAUGAGGGAAGAAGGAUGGGAGAACCAACACAUAGGAAAGUAAUCUCUGAUAAACCAAAGGAAGAAGAUUACUUCUAUGCCAAUCCUCAAGAAUGUAUCUGUAAAAAUCCAUCCACUUUAUCAGAGUGAAGCAUAUAUAUCACUAACCAACGUUUUUCUAAGAUAACUAAACUGGAACGCGCAUGAAAAUGUCACAGCUUCAAAGUUUUGAAGAAGACUCAUAAACGCGUUAUGUGGCCCCACAUUCUCUCAAAAGCGCGAGUCGGGUAAUAGUGGGUUCAUACUUGUAGUCACUCGAGUCCCCACUGUUAACGCUCAUGACCAUCUCUGUCUCCUCUUAAACGUAACUCCUCGAGGCGUGGCGUCCCCGAGAGUUUCGCGACGGAUCAGGCUAGAAUCGUCAAGGGAGCCCCCGUUGCCCGACAAGUCCUUUUUCGGAGAUGAUUCGAUGGCAACGACCUUUUCUUUCUGCUCCCUUGAUAAUCGGUUACGUGGAGACAUCGUCUUCACCCGGAAACUCGCGGCGUAUAAAACACCUAAAACUACGAUGGCUGAUCGGAAAGCAGCUAGGGAGAGAAGUAACGUUAGAGAGAGAGAGAGAGAGAGAGAGAGACUGACUAUUUAGGUUCCGAAUGGUAAAAGCAGUUCAAGCAGGACAGAUCAAGCGGAUGAUUAAGCAGGACAAGUGCAGAUCAAGCGGAUCAUGCAGGAGAGACGCAGAUCAAGCAGGACAAGUUACUUUUGAAAUUAAAAAUACAGAUCAUAUAUUUAAACAAUAAAAUUUACACCAAAAUACCAACACAUAAUAUAAAUAAUACAUAACAAAGAUAAAUGAAUUUAUUGAAAAAUAUUUAGAUUUUCCCAUAACAUAACUGCAAUAUUAAACUUGUGUUUUGAAAACCGGACUGGCUGAUCGAACCGGUCCAACCGUGACUCAGUGAAAAAGCCGAGUUUGGUUCGGUUUAAAACGUGGAUUUCAGAAAAACAAGUAAAACCGGCUAAAAACCGAUAAAACCAGUGAACAUGUUCAAUUUCAAAACCCGGUUUUAAAAAAUCAACAUAAAAUUAAUGUGCUUUCAAUUAUUAUUAAAUUUAAUAUUUAAUAGUUAAUGUUUAACUAUCACUAUUUAACUAAUUUUCUCUUUAAUUUUAUUUUCUUAAGAAAAAAUGUAAAAAUUUCUUUUUUGGUUCUCAUAUACUAUUCUUAUUUUGUUAUAUUCAUAAAAUUUAAGACUUCAAUUGUAAGAAUAUAUAAAUAUGGUAAUUUGAACCGUUAAUUAUUUUGUUUUUAUCAAUUUCAAUUUACAUAAUAUUUUCUUGUUUAUUAUAUAGCUAGAUUUAUACUUAUUGUGUAUAUAUAUAUAUAUUUAAUUUAAAAAAAUAAAAAAUCUGGUUGAUGAUUAUAUAUUUAAAAAUAUCUAAUACAUAUAUAAUGUAUGUGGUUUCUACGAAAACUUCGUUGUUAUUAAAUUCUGUGGUUCUAAAUUUGAAGCCUUAUAGAUAUUAGUCGUUUUUUACAUUCAUAUAUUAUAGAUAAAACAAUAAGAACAUUAAUUUGUAGAAAAAUCUAUUAUAUGUUGACACGAAAAAAAAGAAUUAAAUCUAAUGUAUUUGUAUUUGAUAAGUGAAGUUACUUAAUAAUGGGAAAUAAGAGAGAAGAAUAUAAUAGUUUUUUAAAAUUUAAUUUGUAGAAAAAUCUUUUAUUGGUUAGAAUAGAGAGACAAUAGGUGAACCUCUUUAAAAAGUGGGUGUUUAGAAAAUGAGGCAGGAGAACUGCCUUUUGCACAAAAAGACAAAAAAAAAUAAUCAAAUAUGCAGAUGUCCUGUCUUUUACUUUUAGAAACAGAAAAUUUGUGAAUGGGAGUUUAAAAGCAGUUCUCCUGCAACACAUAUGAUCUGUCAUUGUCCUGCCCCUCCCAUUCAUAACCUUAUAGGGAAGGAGGCACAAAAUCUCUAACACCAUCUCCAAUGCUUUUCCUCUUUUUUUUUUUUUCUCAAAGUGAAAUAAACUCAGAAUGAGUUUGUGAUUUACUUCAGUGAUUUCCCUCAUUUUUUCUUUAAGUUCUUAUUAUAUUCAUUUUUCAACUUCUUAUUUAUUGUAAAUAACACUUUUUAUUUUAUAAGAUUUUAGAUUAUACUCACUUAUUUUUAAAUUCUAUAAUUUAACCACCCUUUGAUUUAUAAAAAAAAAUAUUUAUUACAUUAAUAAAAGUUUAACCAGUAUAUACAUAUUUGAUAUAAAGUUAUAAAAGUUAUGUUUGGUAUUAAUGUUUUGUUUAUGCAUAAAAUAAAGAUUGUCAAAAAGUAAAACACCAUUAUGUAAAUAAAAAAAGUUUGACAUCAAAAUGAGUUUGUGAAUAGUGUUUCCUCAAAAAAUGAUGUAAUACUGUUCAUAUACUCAUUUUUUCCUUCAAAAUUAUGUAACAUUGAAGAUGGAUUUCCCUCAUUUUGAUGUACCAUUGGAGAUGCCAUAACAUCGCCAUUAUUAGGUUUAGAAGGGCCUAUUGGGCCUAGACUACCACCAAACUUUCCUGCCCCAUUAUUCGUGACAUUUCCAUUUCUCGUAGUAAACCGAGCGUCAAUCUAUACCGAACCAGUUAUCCAACCAAACAGGUACCAAAUUGGACCAAAUUCAGCUUCAAAACUCAGUUGGUAAUACAGUCAAACUGAACAACCAACAAUCUUCAUCGUCACAAUCAUUUAUGCUCGGGAUAAUCGCGUUGGACGGUAUGCUUCUAAGUAGCUAUUACUCAAUCGACCGAUAGCCUUGAGCGAAUGAUUCAUUAUAGCCUUUAAUUCGCGACACACUACCUCUACCGAGAGACCGACAAACAUUUUUGGCUUCAGCAGCUUGUGAAGGUUACCCCGAGUAAAAAGCAAGCCUCUUUCGAUGAAACUCUGAUCCAAACCUUCUAUUUUCCAAAUCUUCUAUUUUCCAAAUCUGACUCUACAAAUUCACUGAGAUCGGUUACGCCUCUCGUAAAUGAACUAUGGGGAUUUAUUCUAGGAGAUGGAUUACAUCCCUCCACAAGGCCCGCAAAAUAGAAGGUUUGACUCAUUAAAGCCGACCCAGGACACCUGUUUGGCUAAGUGGUCUCCAACCAAACGUGCAAGCUCGGCUUAGUGCUGCUUCGGUCGACUCGUCGAAGAAAGAACAUAAGCUCGGCUCGAAAGUUCAGUUGCUUGGCCCGUUCGAGACCAAGCCCAAUAGGACACGACGACCUAAGGCGAUGGGAAAGAGAGGCAUCCUAUAUAAGGCGGAGGAAGACCAGCAAGAGGGGACCCGGACAUUCACAUACAUACCUUACGGCUACAAACUAAGGUUUUACUCAUUUGUAUUCUUAACGACUUGUACUUUCCUGGCCAGCUCACCGAGCACCGGCUUACUCUUCCGCUUAUUUCCUCAUUUUUAAAUAGAACUCUUUCCAGAUCUAAUAAACGCCUUUAAAAUAACCCACCGACGAGUUAGGUCUUUACAGUACAAGUCCCGACCAAACUCGGUUCAAACAAACAUGAAAACUCAAAAAUAUUUUUUAAAAAAUUCUAACUCAUAGUAACGCCUCCUAAUCCUCAAUAGCAUCUUCAACGUGAAGUCAUCUCUUCCAGCGGGUGACAAAGCUACAACGAGAGGCUCCAGUCUCUGCUCAGUCUCUCUGAGUCGUUGUCCUCGGGGGGGGGGGGGGGGGGGGGGGAAUCAGAGACAUUCUUGGGAGCAUCGCUGAUCAGUAUCAAAUGAGAGAUUUCAGGGAGUUUCAUGAGGAGCUGGAGAUGGCUGGAAUCAGUGGAGAAGAUCCAAUCUGUUUCUCGGUGCUUGGAGACGAGCAUGGGGCGACUCUGGCCUCAUGGUGACAAAUCGAAGGAGAUGUAACGGAGAAAUAUGGUUAGGGAUGGUGAAGAAGAUUAAACGAGAAGGAGAGACGGUUUCGAAGAUUCUCACACAAGCAUCAUUACUGAUUUUGAUUUCACCAUUGUUGGAGUAAGCUCGAAGUUAGUUUGAGAAGCAAGUAACCUAAUUAUAUUAAGUUAUAGAAUAGGAAAUUAUCCAUUUUGUUAUACUUAAUGAGUUUAUGAAAUUUGAUUUAUAUAUAAGGAGAUGCAAAGAUGUUGCAUAACUUAUGAGUUUGUGAUUGAGAGAUUGAGAGCUUGAGGUUUUGAGUAAGUUUCUUCAAGAGAUUAAUAAGAGUGAUUCUUAUUUUUAAGUUCAUUAAGUUCUUAUCUUUAUUUACGUGAUACUUGACAAUCUAUAUUUGGUAUCAGAGCUCUAGGGAUCGAUCUUGAGUACGAAGGAAGCGAUGAGAGAUAUAACAACGGUUUCAUCGAAACCUAGAGAUGGCGGAACUUCAUCCAUCAGCUGCCCUAUGCUCAACUCGACUAAUUACACGGUCUGGGCAAUCGAGGUAAAGUUUCUGCUCAAGAUACACAAAGUAUGGGAUGUUAUUGAGCAUGAAUCAGACGAUGUAGAGAAGAAUAAUAUGGCGACUGCUUUGCUGUUCCAAUCCAUACCUGGAACACUUAUAUUACAAGUAGGAGAAUUGUACACAUCAAAGAAAGUCUGGGAAGCCAUCAAAUCAAGGAACAUGGGUGCAGAUCGAGUUAGGGAAGCUCGACUUCAGAUUCUCAUGUCUGAAUUUGACAGAUUGGAGAUUAAAGAUGGUGAUAAAAUUGACGAAGUUGUUGGGAAGAUAUCAGAAAUCUCGUCAAAAUCAACUGCACUAGGAGCAACUAUUGAAGAGUCCAAGCUAGUCAUGAAAUUUCUUUCAGUCUUCCUCGAAAGAAAUAUAUUCAUAUUGUGGCUUCCUUAGAGCAAGUUUUUGACUUGAACACCACGACUUUUGAGAAAAUUAUUGGACAUUUAAAGAUGUAUGAGGAACAGGUUGGUGAUGAAGAAGAAGCACACAAGACAACAAAAAACUUAUGUAUGAAAUUCAGAGAAUCAGUCUGCCUCGUCGAACCAAAAUCGUGACUAUCAUGGCUAUUACGAGGAAGAGGAGGAGGUUACUAUAUUAAGGGCAGAGGACGAGGACGUUACAACGACUGAUAUCAGAAUGAGUUUGAUAUGUCAAAGAUCACUUGCUACCGCUGCGACAAAAAUGACCACUAUGCAGCAACAUGUCCUGAUCGAUUGCUUAAGUUGCAGGAAGCAACCAAACAUAAAGAAAAUGACACUCAAGAGGCUGAAGAGUUGAUGAUGAACGAGUUCGUAUAUUUAAACGAGAAGAAUGUUAAUCAAAAGGAGUAUGAGACAAACACAGAAAACAAUUGGUACCUAGACAACAGU